GGCGGUGGCGGCGUCACGGCCGCGCUCGGGCGGUGGGAGCCUAGGCUCCGGAGCAAGAUGGCGGCGCGAGUGUUGCGCGCCCGAGGAGCGGCCGCGGCUGGCGGCCUUCUGCAGCGGGCCGCCCCUUGCAGCCUCCAGCCCGGGCUCCGGAGAGUGACAUCAUCCGAUAACAGGCCCCGAGAAGACAGCUGGUUAAAAUCUUUAUUUGUCAGGAAAGUUGACCCGAGAAAAGAUGCUCAUUCUAAUCUCCUAGCCAAAAGGGAAACGAGCAGUUUGUACAAAUUGCAAUUUCACAAUGUUAAACCGGAGUGCCUAGAUGCAUACAACAAAAUUUGUCAAGAGGUGUUGCCAAAGAUUCAUGAAGAUAAGCAUUACCCUUGUACUUUGGUGGGGACUUGGAACACAUGGUAUGGCGAGCAGGAUCAAGCUGUCCACCUGUGGCGCUAUGAAGGAGGCUAUCCAGCUCUCACGGAGGUUAUGAGUAAACUCAGAGAAAAUCAGGAAUUUGUGAGGUUCCGGAAGGCAAGAAGUGACAUGCUUCUCUCCAGGAAGAACCAGCUGCUGUUGGAGUUCAGUUUCUGGAACGAGCCUAUCCCACGGGCAGGGCCUAAUAUAUACGAACUCAGGUCCUACCAGCUCCGACCGGGAACCAUGAUUGAGUGGGGCAAUUACUGGGCCCGAGCAAUCCGCUUCAGACAGGACAGUAAUGAGGCAGUGGGGGGCUUCUUCUCUCAGAUUGGGCAGCUAUACAUGGUUCAUCACCUCUGGGCUUACAAGGAUCUUCAGACCAGAGAAGAUAUUCGGAAUGCAGCAUGGCACAAACAUGGCUGGGAAGAAUUGGUAUACUAUACAGUCCCACUAAUUCAGGAAAUGGAAUCCAGGAUCAUGAUCCCACUGAAGACUUCACCCCUCCAGUAACGCUACAGAGUCUGUGUGCCCAUGUGGUGCGACAGGUACCUGUCAGGAAGUAAUUGUGAGAAAACUGAGGUGUACACUGCUGUACAUAGCUUAUAAGGGGCCUCUUUUCUUUAAAAUUCAUCACAGGAAAGGAAACCAUUACCAUGUGGCCGAUGACAGGCUCUCUCUGUUGUCUUUGAACCAUCCCUCCCCACCCUCCAGGAAGCGGGUCCCGAUUAGAGUCUGUCAUCUAAGAUUCGAACCAUGAAAAGAGCCAUUUCUUUCUUAAAAAGCAAAUACAUUUUAUAAGCACAGAUUUUGACAAACUUCUUGUAUCAGGAAGAAAUUCAAAUUUUGUCAUGUUUCUCAAGAUUUUCUGAGUCUCAAACUAGGAACAAGUAAUGAGUGUGCCCAACAGCUGAAGUUGUUUGAAUUCACUCCCAUCUAUAAUCAGUGAGCCUUAAGUGUGUCAUCACCACUCUGGUAAUGGUGGACAAGGUACAUUUUAUCAAUAACUGUCUUCACGUUGUGGGCCACGGUCUCUGUGAUGGUGAAAAUGGCUUGAACCCAUGUAUCAAAUGACUGAAAUGAACACUGGGAGGAGGCUAAUUUUAUUUGUGAUAUUUUUCUAUAAAACAAGUAGCACUUGGAAAAGAGGUUUUCUUUUGUAAGCAGUCAUUUAUGACCUCAGACAUCCUCUGGUUGAUGUUACAGCCACUGCAAACCCUUCCAAGGUCACAGAUGAAGGGUGAUCCGUGUUGAAACUUAAUUUGGCAGAAAGCUGCAAACUGUGUCUAGCUCUGUGUGUUCAGUUUUUAGUAGCAUGUGCCAAUUUUGUGACUGUAAUCAUAUGAAAUUCCUAUUAAACUGAAAAGUUAUUUCUACCCCAUAUAUUGAGGAAUUUAUGUGUAAAAUAAAGUGUGAAUAAAUCAAAUGUCAGGCCUUUA